AAUUUUGAAGAUAAAAAGCGAGUAUGAUUUGAGAGUUGUAAUUUGGAGAUGAAAAGCGAUCUUGGUUUGUGAGUUGUAAUUUGAAGUUAAAAAGCGAGGCAAUUAGAGAAGUUGAAAAACGAAAGCGUUGAUUGACUUGCGAGAGUGACUUGCUAGCUCAAAAGCGAAGGCGCAAUUUUAUGUUGACUAAAAAAUAGAGCGAUGUGGGAGUUUGUUUUUGUUUUCCAAGUUGUAGCCCGAUAUUGGAGAGCGAUUUUAAAGUUAGAAUUCGAUAAUAGACUUUAAUUUGAAAGUUGGAGUUUGAUAACAGAUUGCAAUUUUAUAGUUGAAGUCGCAAAGUGAAAUUCAAAACUAAACUUCACGCGUGACCGGCCUGGGCUUCCGUACGGUUGGUUGGGCACAUUUUCCUUAUCUCAACCAGAGAUACUAAGCUAUUGACUAUUUGUAGGCGUCUAACAAUAACCUUGGGCCGCCUGUGGUUCAGGCCACGUGUUGUAUUGUUACGAACUUUUGAUCAAUAUCAACAAUAUGGAACAACAUGGCGUCUCUAUCAACCUUCGUAGCUCGAGCGAUGUAUCGAAACCCUAUCCGACCGAUAUGUGUAGGAGUUUUGAUCGUUCUUAUAAUCGUCAGCUGGAGGUUUUUCUUAACACAGCCUGAUUCUAGCGUAAUAAGACGUUUCGAUUUAGAUACAAAAACUUUCCGAACUUCGAAAUCACCUGCCGACGAAGAGAGGAAAAGACUUGUAAACAUUCCAUCUGAGCAAAGUGAGGAUGAUAACGAGGUGGAAGAACAAGGCGAAGCAGAAGAUAUUAAGAGUGAGGCAAAAAAGGAAGAGGUACUUAAAAUACGUGAAAAAGUCAAAGAGGAAAACAUGAAAGAUUUAGAAGCUGAUGUCGCAAAUAUGGAUAGAGCUGAGCAAGAAAUGGCUCCAGAACUCGGCUCAAAAUCACCAACACAACAGAAGAAGGCAAUGACUCAGUUUAAGCCGAAAAGCGAUUAUUUUAGAAUCGGGGAAUAUAACAUACUGAUGACACUAGUUAAAGCUUAUCAUGGAAGCCCGCUGGCUGUCAGCACAGAGAAGUGUAUCAAAUCCAUAUGUAAACAUUCUAUUAUACCGAUCACAUUUCACUUCAUUGUCGACAAAAAAGGCACCGAUGUUGUGAAAGGAAUAUUUAUGCGUACGUCAGGGCACUGUACAAACCCUGAUAUUGUCUUUCAUGAUGCUGACAAACUUGCCGAGAGGCUGAAAGGAAUUGUGCAAGUCUUACAGAGGCCUUUCAGCUACAAAAAAGGUGCAUACUACAGUGAUCCAAUAUUUUUCCUAUCUACCGCCUUACACAAAGUUUUUCCAGAAAAUCUCACCAAAAUUAUAAUGUUGGACUCAGACCUGAGAUUCAGGAAUGAUAUCAAACUGCUUUUUCAACACUUUAAAAAGUUUGAGUCUUCAAAUAUCAUGGGUCUAGCUAGAGAACAGCAGCCAGUCUACCGCCACAUAUUUGACACCUAUCGGCACAACAACCCAGGCACAAUGGUUGGUGAGCCACCGCCAAAUGGCAUCACUGGGUUUAACAGUGGAGUGGCUCUUCUACACCUGGAAAAUAUGCGGAGAUCUAAGACCUAUAAUCAAAUUAUUUCCAGUGAAGCUGCCAUUGACAUGGCGAAGAAGUAUAAUUUCAAGGGUCACCUUGGUGAUCAAGAUUUCUACUCUCUUUUGAGUGUUGAGCAUAAAGAUUUAUUCUACAUCCUGCCUUGUGGAUGGAACAGACAGUUAUGUUCCUACUGGCGUGAUAAUGGCUAUGCUAAAGUGUUUGACUUGUACUUUAAUUGCAGUAUGCCAGUUCAUGUGUAUCAUGGCAAUUGUAGAACUGCUAUUCCUGAAGAUUGAGGUCUAUUCUGGCUAUACCAUGCUUAAACAUUUUUUUAAGAGGUCUGUUAUUUCAGUCAAGAUAUUUUAUUACCUUUUUAUUCAUUAGGUCUUGAGCAAAAAAGAUAACCAAUAGUGAUCAUUUAAAUGUCAGAAAAAAAUGUUUUUGAUUUGUACAUACAUUCUACAUUCUUACAAAAAAAAAUUAAGGUAUCUUAUUUAUAUCAAAAUAUUAACAACAUUAGAGGAACUUAAAGUUCUAAGAUUAUUGCAUUUUUAAAAAGUGCAUCUGUUAUUGUAUUAUAUGACAACCUCUCGGGCCCAGAGGGUCACAGCUAAACGUAGCGUCUUGUAUUCUCUCUGCUAAUCUUUAGCUCACCUUGACUGUGACACCUUGGGUCUGUUAGGAUUAUUGUACUCACUGUAUUGAGGAUAUUGUAGAUAUUAUUAAAUAUAUUAUGGUGACAAGGAAUGGCACGAGUGGGCAGGUUAAGGAGAAAACAAGAAACUCCAUUUGGAACAAUUUGUAAAUAUUUAUUUUGAUAAAAUUGCACCCACAAAAAUAAAUAUAUUAUAUGUGGUGUAAUAGUGGAAAAA